AUUGCUUCUGAUCUCACAUUCUCUCGUAACUUUGAUAGGAAAAGGCAGAGAAAUGUUUACAUUUAUUAUAAAUCUUUGAUUUUUCAUGAAUACUUGCUUUCAUAGAACAAUGACGUCGAAAAUCAAAAAGAGGUUUGAUAGACUCAUCAUGUGCGUUAAGUUAAAUGACAUUCAACGACUAGAACACUACACAAAGCGAAAGAAAUAUGCUAAAAUGCAGCUGGACGAGACGUGGGUCAACAAAAGGAGAGAAACAUUGAUACAUUUAGCUUGCAGAUUAGGUAGACAUAAAAUUGUCAAAUUCUUGCUGAACAACUCAAUUGGAGAUCCAACUUCAAUGGAUUACAAAGGCAAUACACCACUUCAUGUGGCAUUAAAGGCCAUUAUGAAAAUUGAUGAAAGAAAUCAAUAUAUAGAAGCUUACAGGAAAAUGAUACUUUCAAAUCUUAAGGAAAUGUCUGUGUCACUAACACAAACUAAUCUGAAUGGCCAAACGGCAAAAGAUCUUUUGGAUCUUGCUGAUUCAGUUUAUCAAUAUCAUUUAGGAGGAAGUGAAAAAAAGAAGGAAUAUGCCCAACAAAAAAAUGAGCAAGAUUGGGAACAAAAACUUGUAGCAGAAUUAGACUAUGAAUAUGAAAAUCAUUGGGGAAAAUAUGAAAAAGACUUUCUCGAAGAGGAGUCAAAUGAAACUGAAUCUUAUGACUCCUGGGCUAAGCGAAUGAUUUUUGAGCAUAAACAGAAAAAUUCAGCUCAAAAGUUUUCUAUUCCAUCACAAGCACAAUCAAACCAUAAGGCAUCAUGGACUCAAGAAGAUCAGCAAAAAUUUUUGAAGGAUGAAGAAACACGGAGACAGCUACGAAAAGCUGCUGAGACAGCCGACAGAAGAUUUCUAUUUCUUUCUAAACUUAGUAUGCUGAUUAAGACGGAAAAUACGAUUGAAAUGUCAGACCUCCCGUUUCAGCCCACUGACGCUAUCGAAUCAAUUGGACAGCUAAUAUUGUUACACGUUAAGGAAUCAGAAAAUACUGAUACUAAAAGAAAGGCUUUACGUGAACUGCAGCGCCUGUGGCACCCCGAUAAAUUUUCGCAAAAAUUUGGUGCGCGGUUAAAAGAAGAAAUUCGUGAAAGUGUUUUAAAAAAGGUUACAGAAAUCUCGCAGUAUUUAAAUGCAUUUAAUUGUGGUUCUGAAGCAACUAACAACUAAAUAGUAGAUACUGUUGUGAUACAACCUUUUGUAAGUAAAUUUAAAAAAUACAAGCUUUUUCAAAAAAAGAAA